AUUAUUUUGCCGGUAAGAAGAUUUUAUAUGUACGCCGCUUUACUGUCAACAAGCGUCUCUUGACAUUGACUUCCUGUUUUAAUUAGACGUGUACAUCAACAAGAUGGAUCUCCAAAAAUACCUCCCAGAAAGCAUUAAGAAACUACCAGUACAUAUGGACUUCAAUGGCCAGAAGAAAGCGGAGAAAAUGUUUCAGUUGAUCAUUAUUACGUUUGCAACUGUUGGAUUUAUAUGGGGUUAUAUUUGUCAGCAGUUCUCACAGACCAUGUAUAUUCUUAUAGCUGGAUUUGUUAUAUCAUGCCUGUUAACACUUCCACCAUGGCCCAUGUUCAGAAAUACUCCAUUAAACUGGCAGAAAUCUCGUGUAGAAGCAGAGGAGAUUGGAAGCACUUCAGCACAACAGUCCUCACAGAAAUCAAAGAAAAAGAAAUAAUGCGUGCAAUAACUCUCAAACAUUUAUUAUGACAUUUUCAUGAUAUGACCAUGUUUAUUAUUUCUCUAUUUUUGGUAAUGGAUAAAAGUUGUUUUUUAUGUAUGUUUCAAAGAAUGAUGAUGUCAUUUAUUUAUUGUUAGUCAUUUUAAUAUUACAUAUGUUGAAGUAAGAUUACCAUUAUGUGUUUUUAAGAGAAUAAAAUCAAUUUUCUAGUCUUCACA